AUUUUCAUGCAUUCUUUUCUAUAUUUUUCAAAAAUGAUCAGUUUUAAAAGAAUUUCGUCUGAUACAUUAUCAGAGAAAAAGACGCCCUAACUUCUCCUCUUUCGAUUGGUGAAAGCUACAGCUCUCUAGCUGUUUGCGUUCUCGAGUUAUUCAAAAAACAGUCACACGCACGGACUUUUUGGACGGGCUAUACUUUAUUAUUGCAAUUUUUGAAGGAUAAAAGAAAAGGAAUAGUUUAGGUAUGGUGAUAAGAACUUGUUUUUUUUUUUCACUUUAAAGACUUCAAAUUCAUCUUUGAUCAAAUGUGCAUCGGCAUCUGACGAGCCUAUUCAUCAAUCUCUUUGUAAAACUACAUCCGAACCACCUCGUUCACCUCAUCAUAAUACUACAAGUGGCAAACAAAUUCAAUAUUCGGUAAACACCAAAAUUAACAAAUAGAAUAAUCAUUUCUAACAUAUAUGCUUGUGCUUUAAAAAAAUAUUUGAUCACGCUUAUUUAAUUUUUUAUCCUUUUCUAAUUAAUUAUUGCUAACUAAAAUACUAAAUUAUAUUGAAAAGCAAUUCUAACAAAAAAGGUGAUAAAUGUUUUCUUUUGAAAAUAAUCAUAUGAAAAAUAAAUUUCAAAUUUGUUUGAUUUUAGCGACGACAAAAUUCUCAUGAUCAAAAUUGUUUCCAUGCACCAAUGAUCUCAUCACAGAAGAAAAAACUUCAACGUCAAAAUUCAAUCUAUAUUCCUUCAUCUCCAAGAUCAUUACAAUCGACAUUUACAUGGGAAAAUAAUCUCAAUCAAAAUAUUCAAUCCUAUUAUCAUGAUCCAUUAACACGUUCAUUAUCUACUGAAUCAUCAACAAGUUCAACAUCGACUUCAAAUAAUGUCGAUAGUCAGUCUUCAAAUCCGGUUUUUGUUUCUACAAAAUAUUUCUAUCGACAAAAAUAA